GUACUAGUCAACAUAGGAAAGAAAGAAUAAAUCAUUGUUCACUGCAGGGAUCACUUUGUCAUAACUGAAAGUAGAAAUCUUUCUAUCAUAGAAAGUUGCUAAAGAUUAGAAAGAGAAGGGAAAUGGGUAAGGGAGGAAUGUCAAUUGAUGAUAAUGGAGAAGACAAAGAGCAGAAUAUGGCUGCUUGGCUUCUGGGUAUAAACAAUCUCAAGAUUCAACCUUUCGAGCUUCCUAUUCUAGGACCCCAUGAUGUCAGAGUUAGAAUGAAAGCUGUUGGGAUCUGUGGGAGUGAUGUUCACUACCUCAAGACACUGAGGUGUGCACACUUCAUAGUUAAGGAACCAAUGGUAAUUGGUCAUGAGUGUGCUGGGAUCAUAGAAGAAGUUGGUAGUGAGGUAAACAAUUUGGUGCCUGGUGACCGUGUGGCGCUUGAACCUGGGAUCAGUUGCUGGCGAUGCGGCCACUGCAAACAGGGUCGAUAUAAUUUGUGUGAUGAAAUGAAGUUUUUUGCUACUCCACCAGUUCAUGGUUCCCUGGCUAAUCAGAUAGUGCAUCCUGCAGACCUAUGUUUUAAGCUUCCAGACAACGUGAGUCUAGAGGAGGGGGCCAUGUGUGAACCCUUAAGUGUUGGUAUUCAUGCUUGUAGGAGAGCUAAUAUUGGACCAGAAACCAAUGUGUUGAUCAUGGGAGCUGGACCCAUAGGACUUGUUACACUGCUUGCAGCUCGUGCUUUCGGAGCACCCAAGACUGUCAUUGUUGAUGUUGAUGACUAUCGUUUAUCUGUUGCAAAAUCUCUUGGUGCAGAUGACAUUGUUAAAGUCUCAACAAACAUUCAGGAUGUGGCUGAAGAAGUUGAGCUGAUACAAAAGGUUAUGGGAGCUUCUAUAAAUGUUACCUUUGAUUGUGCUGGUUUUGACAAAACCAUGUCUACAGCAUUGGGUGCUACUCAGCCUGGUGGCAAAGUUUGCCUAGUGGGAAUGGGACAUUCUGAAAUGACUGUCCCACUCACCCCUGCAGCAGCAAGGGAAGUUGAUGUGAUUGGAGUUUUUCGCUAUAUGAACACAUGGCCUCUUUGUCUUGAGUUUCUAAGGAGUGGGAAAAUCGAUGUAAAACCCCUUAUAACUCACAGGUUUGGGUUCUCUCAAAAGGAAGUGGAAGAAGCUUUUGAAACAAGUGCUCGUGGUGGUACUGCCAUCAAGGUCAUGUUCAAUCUUUAGAAAUUGUCUUAUUUUGAACAAAUCAUAUACUUUCAUGCUCAUGCUCAUGCUCAUGCUAAAUACCAAUGUAAUGAUCACUUGGGUUAUGAAUAAAGUGGCUCCAAGAAGAACUUGUGAAAAUGUGAAUGGUAACUGCAGCAUCUACAGAUUCAGUUAUGAGGUGAAACCUUUGCUUUGUGAAUGAGUAAACCUUCAAAUUCGUUCAUCA